AUGCUAGAUACCAUUUCAGUUAUGGACGGAGAGGUGGACUAUUUUGAGAGUGCGUGUCAAUAUCAGAGCCCAGAAUACGUUCAGAACCCACCUGCCUGUGUGUACGCCAGGACUCCGCAGCCCUCUCUCCUUAGAUCGUGCUUCGGUGAUUUGAACGAGCGUUAUGUGACGGAGUUCACCCGCUACGACGGUGCUACAGAACCGAAGUCUGGCUACAUUUCCCAGCCUAACUACUUCAACACAGGGUAUGGGAAUAACCUGCAGCCUCAGGGACGCUACCCGUUCCCUUGGAUGAAGAACACAAAAUCGCAUGCUUACACUUGGAGAAAUCGGUGGGAAGGAAACAACUUUACGAUGGACGCCGAUGAAAGCAAACGGACCCGAACGGCCUAUACCAGAGGCCAGCUGCUGGAACUGGAGAAGGAGUUCCAUUUUAAUCAGUAUAUAUCGAGACCCCGCCGCAUUGAACUAGCAGCAAUGCUGAACCUUACCGAAAGGCACAUCAAAAUCUGGUUCCAAAACAGAAGGAUGAAAUGGAAGAAGGAGGAAGCGAAAAGACAAACCAAGGCAAAUUUAAGCAAACCCGAAGCGGCGCUGGACGGCAAGUGUUCGGGAGAAGCUACGGCAGGGAGUCACUCAGGGGCUUCCUUCAAAAACACGGACAAUGAUUUUUCUAUGACUGGAAUCAACAACGAUAUUGGACAUCUAUUAACUUCAUAG